AUGGCUUUAAUUGACAACUUUUCCCUGGAACCAAAACCCAAAAGACAGAAGAUCGACAACAACAACGAGUUCUCGUCUUCGUCGACUUCUAGUAGCUGUGGUCACUGCUGGGUUUGCUACGGAGUCUGCACCGCCUGCAAAUCAACGGUUGACAAUCGCCAAGGCCGUUCGUUCGAUUACCUUUUCGACGGUUUACAGCUAAGCCACGACGCUGUAGCGUUAACGAAGCGCCUUGUAACAAAACUCUCUUGUCUCAACGAGAAGAAACUCCACUUGGUCCUUGACUUGGACCACACGCUUCUCCACACCAUUAGGGUUUCAUCUCUCACCGAAGCAGAGAAGUAUCUAAUCGAAGAAGCGGGUUCAAAUACAAGGGAUGAUCUACGCAAGCUGAAAGCAAAAGGAGAUCCAAUGGAGUACUUGACAAAGCUACGGCCUUUUGUUCGCGAUUUCUUGAAAGAAGCCAACGAGAUGUUCACAAUGUAUGUUUACACAAAGGGUAAUCGCGAUUACGCUAAAGCCAUCUUGGAUGUGAUUGAUCCGAAGCAAAUCUAUUUCGGGAAAAGAGUGAUAACGAGAGACGAGAGUCCUUAUACGAAGACGCUUGAUUUGGUUUUGGCUGAUGAGCGUGGAGUGGUGAUUGUUGAUGAUACGCGUGAUGUUUGGAUCGAUCACAAGAGUAACUUGGUGGAGAUUAGCAAAUACAGGUAUUUCAGAAUGAACAGAAAAGAGUCAAAGCCUUACUCUGAGGAAAAGAUAGACGAGAGCGAAAACGACGGUGGAUUGGCCAAUGUUUUUGAGAUUGCUCAAGGAAGUUCACAAUGGAUUCUUCAGAGUCGAAGAAGAGCUGGAGUCAGAGGACGUGAGGCUGCUGCUACAAGAGAUUGA